UUAACUGUGUGAUGAUGUUGUUGUUUGUUGCUCCAAAAGCUUCGCUGUUGACGCUUUAUAGUGCUGCUUUCGUUGCCAGUCAGGCAUAGUAGAACGCAUAAAAGUACUUUGCAGCACAUCUGAGUUUUCAGUUUCUCUCGGGACUCUAAUGUGUGAACAACAUCGACAAAAAGAAAUAAAAAUUGUUAAAUUUAUAUUGAAAUAUAAAAUACUACUACAACACAUCAAACAACACAAAAACAAAAAAACGAAUUCGAACGAAUAUUGGUGAUUAAAAGCAAAAAAAUAAAAAAUAAAAGAAAUAAGAAAACGCCAAACGCAUAAUUUACCAAAAAGAUACAAACGAAAGAUAAAUUGACGCGCUAAAAUUUAAACAGUUUUUCCGCAUAUUCCUGGAAGAUGCUCACAAGUAAACCGUCCUCAUUAGAGCAUGACGAUGAUGAUUGUAAACCAGCCAAUGAUCAACAGACAACCAUGCCACCGAAUAAUAAUGAAUUGGUCUCAUCGAUAACAAAAACAGAACCAGCGACACCGACACCGACAGCGACAGCCACCGCAACAGCAACAGAUACCACAAUAGAUGGUCACAAAGAUACCGCCAGUAACACUGCCAUAGCUCAACACAGAAACAGCGGAUCUAGGGAUUCAAAUGGUGGCAAAGCAGUUGACACAUAUAUACGAUCUUCAAAGAGUAGUGGUCAUAGUAAUGGAGGAGGCGAUAACGGUAACGGUAACGGCGAUAACGCCAACGACGACGACGACGAUGAUGAAGAAGAGACUGAUAUCAUCGGCGAGUUAGUGGGUCAGUUUGGAAAAUGGCAGUUCUUAAUGACAGUUCUAUUGUCACUGUUUCAAGUACCCAAUACAUUUCACAUAUCAUCCUCAGUAUAUCAAGCAGCCAAUAAAGAAUUUUGGUGCAGACGUCCAGCGCAUUUGGAACAUUUAUCCGUCGAUGUGUGGCGUAAUCUAAGCAAUUCCAACGAUAACUGUUACCAAACUCCAGUCGACUGGAGCAUUAUUAGCAAUGAUACCAAUGAGCAAAUGCAUCAGCAACAAUCCAUAUUGAAGUCUCUCAUGGAGAACAACAAUCGUACUGCGUGUUCAUCAUGGGAAUAUGCAGUCAAUGACAAUGUAGGGAAUAGUUGGACCUCACAAUGGGAUCUAGUCUGCGAUAAGGAAUAUUUGAAAAACGUUGCUGAAAUGUUUUUUCUAUUGGGUGUGGCAACCGGUGGCAUUAUAUCUGGCUAUCUCUCGGAUAAAUUUGGACGAAAAACAAUGCUCUUCAUAUCGGCUGUAUUACAGACAAUAUUUGGUCUAGCACUUUAUUUUGCCCAAUCUUUCGAAAUGUACAUAACAUUGAGAGCACUUUUGGGUCUGGUAUCAGUAUCGGUCACAUAUUCGGGUCUUAUUUUGGCAAUAGAAUAUGUUGAUGGCAAAUGGCGCACCAUCGCCGGCAUGUAUAAUCUCUUUCCACUGCCAAUAUCGUACAUGCUAAUUUCCGGCAUUGCGUAUCUAACACAGGACUAUCAACGUCUUCAGUUGUGUAUCGGAAUACCAGGAAUCUUCCUGUGUUUUCUAUGGUUUGUUGUACCCGAAUCCCCUCGCUGGCUGCUGGUCAAGGGCCGUGUCGAAGAGGUGAAACGUAUUGUACAAGCGGCAGCCGAUUUUAAUAAACGUGAAUUGCCACCAAACUUUGAGGCCAUGCUGAAGCCCCCCACCCAAGAAGUUAGUUCACAGGAUUUUUUUUGCCUGUUCCGAUCUCCAUACUUGAGACGCAUCACGAUUUGUUUUCUAUGCAUCUGGUUCACUAUGAAUUUGGCUUAUUAUGGUUUCAUCUUGAACAUGAGUACAUUCGGCGGCAAUGUCUAUCUCAACUCGGCAUUAGCAGGUCUUGUCGAAAUUCCUGCAAUUGCAAUUGCCAUGUACAUUAUAUCCAAAGUUGGCAAAAAAUGGCUGUUUAGUGCCACUCUAAUAUGCGCUGGCAUUGCCUGCUGUUGUGCAGCAAUAACAGAAGGAAAGGAGGACAUAUUAUGGUUAAAAAUUACAUUCAUCAUGAUUGGUAAAUUUACGAUAAGUGCUGGCAACACGAUUAUGCCCGUCUAUACAGCGGAAUUGUAUCCAACAGCCAUACGGAAUGUCGGAGUUGGGGCCUGUAAUGUCGCUGCUGGUUUGGCUCUUAUAUUGACGCCAUAUCUGUCAUUAUUGACUAAAAUUGAAGAUCAUUUAUUAAUGUCGCUUUUAACGGCUUGGUGCCUAUUUGGCGGAUUUGUUGUAUUAUUUUUACCUGAAACCAUGAAACAACACUCGAAAGCUCAAGCACAAGCUCAAGCUCAAUCACAAUCUCAAGAAGAAAAAUGUUAGAAUUUUACAUUUAUGUUUGUGUAUCACAAAGAAUUUCCAGUAUAACUAUUUAAAACAGCAAAACAAAUUUGACUUAGAUUUUGGCUGGUCCAGAAUUUAAGAAUAUUUUUUCAUCAAUAUUUUUGUUAUUAAGUACCUAUAAUUUCCAUUCUCUUCCAUCUCUUUUACUCAAACAAACAAAACAAGAAAACAACAAGAAAAAUUAUAAAUACUCAAAGCUAAAUUACAUUUAAAUAUGUUUCAUUUUUUAAUAUUAUUUAAUAUGUACUUUUAAAUAAUUGUUUUGUUACUGAAGCACAGCAGGCAGGACCUUUAAGUUACGAAUUUCAAAUAAAUACAAACAAAAAAAAAAUACAACACAUAUCCCCUCAAAUACACACACUCAUACACAAAUUAUAUACAUACUUCUACACAAUAACGUUUUCAGACUCACAGAUGAAGACGGAAAUUAAAUGAAAUUUAAAAGUUGUUUCCUAUUCACACAUACUUACUACAAACACACAUGCAUAUGUACAUGGAAUAUAUGGAGUAAAUAGCACACAUUACUAAAAUACAUACCGAAUGUUUGCAAAUAGACACAAUUGAAACAUGACGACUGCAUUUGGCAAUAACCCAGCAAUGGCUUUGGCUACAAUUUUAAUUUCUAUCACUUUCUAAAAGCAUUAUGUUGUAAUGAGUUUGUCAUUACUUUGUCGUUAUACGUAAUCUCAUUUACCACAAUUCGCGACUGCAAUUAUAUUGAUUUAUAGAUAGCUUUCUUUAAAGCAUUUAAGCCGAAAUAUUAUAAUUGGAUAUCGUUUAAUAGUUAUGACGGAAAAUGAUCACGUAAUUCAUUUAUUUUCUAGCGCUUCUGUAGAACACAUGAAUACGGACAGUAUAGCGGUUAUAUUCAUGCGUUCUAGUACAAGUUGUAGUACUAAAAUUGUUUUUCCCCCCGGUACAUAUACAUAAUUGUAAAAAAUAAUCAUUUCGAAAAAAAAAUGGAAAAUUCACUCUGAUUUUAAAUAUAUUUUUAUUUUUUACAACAUAAUUUUUAAGUAGAAAUUUAGGACCAAUAAGGUCAUAGAGGCUAGUUUAUUGAGUAUUAUAUUUAUAGGUUAAUAUUCGAGGCAUUCAAAGAUGAUUAUCCUGAUU